AUUUUUCUCAAACUCUAAUUCCACUAGUAAAGAAAGUUUUCUGAGGGAUUCAAGGAAAAACUAAGGGUAGAAGGAAAUUGAGGUCGGGUUUAUGAGACAUGGGACGUGGAAAGAUUGAGAUAAAGAGGAUCGAGAACACCACCACAAGGCAAGUAACCUUUUCCAAAAGAAGAGGUGGCCUCAUCAAGAAGACAAAGGAGCUUUCUGUGCUCUGUGAUGCACAGAUCGGGAUCAUCAUCUUCUCCAGCACUGGGAAGAUGUGGCAAUGGUGCACUGAACCCUUCAGGAUGGAGCAGAUCAUAGAGAAGUACCAGAGAUCAACUGGAGCUCGCAUUGCAGAACGUGACCAUCCCCGUGAAGAAUUUAUCCAUGACAUGGCAAUGCUGAGGCAAGAAACUCUCCGUCUUGAACUGGGAAUUCAAAGGUAUCUCGGUGAGGACAUGGGGUGUUUGCAAUAUGAAGAUUUGACUAAACUUGAACAAGAAUUGGAGAAUUCUGUGGCAAAGGUUCGAAAUCGUCAGAAUGAACUCUUGCAACAACAAAUGGAGAAUCUGAGAAGGAAGGAAAGGAUGUUGGAAGAGGAAAACAAUAAUUUGUCCAAUUGGGAACACAGAGCAGUGUUGGAGUUUGAGAAGGCUACAGUGGAAGCAAGCAAACCAAUGCAUAUGAACAUGAUGGACGAGUUUCCAUUCUUUGAAGAAGAACCUGCUGGUAGCAUCCUUCAACUUGCUUCUCCUGUGCUUCCACACUUUCACCCUUAUCUUCAGCUUGCACAACCCAAUAUCAAGCCUCAGUGAGGACUAAUGAAAGAUGGAGUAAUUUCUUGAGGGAAUGAAGAAGCUAAUUAAUGUCAUCCUUGUAAUGAUAGACACAUUUGAAGUCUCCUUCAUUAGGAAUCAUGCUUUGGAAUUGACAGUAAUAAUUAACUUGUUACCUUUUUUAUUUUUUAUUUUCAAUUAAUUAAGUAUGUACACCAAAUUUAAUUAAUUUUAGUUGUUAUGAGAGUA